GUAAAUUGGUCGGGUUGGAGAGCAAAAGUCGAAAGGAAAGCCACUGUAUCAUUUGUGAUGUCUUUUUGGUAAUCCAACGACAUGCAAAGAAGCUAAAUGGGAAAGUGUCUUCUUCCCUUAAAACGUGGCGCAUCCUACUCUUUCGUUCUUCUUUUCUCUCCGUUUCUUCUUUCACCCCUUUUUCUCUUCCUCUGUUUUUCUCCGUCGUUUUCCUUUUUCUCUUCUUUUUGCUCAUCAAUCACUUUCUUUCCUCAUGUUUUCUGUGAUUCUUCACAGUUUUUGAUCCAUUCCGGUGUUCCUCUUUUCUGGGUUUAGCCAAAGAUCUCUCUCUCUCUCUCUCUUUUUUUUUUUUCUUUUUUAUUUGCCGUUUCAGCUGAAGUUCUACACCUCUCUGUAGCUGGGCAAUCUUUGAGUUAUAGCCGUCUUUAUGAGCCCAAGAUAGGAGGUAUUGCUGCCUAUGAAGCCACUUAAAUCAUGGGACAUUCUGCUCAGAAAAAGGAAUCUAUUUUCUGAUGCGGGAAAAUACGGCUUCAAAAUGAAGCAGCUUCCAUUUAUGGGUGUUAUUUGUUCUGUAAUGCUGUUUAUUAUAUACAGAACUACAAAUUACCAAUAUCUUCAGACUAAGAUUGAAACAGCCUUGCAACCCUUCGACACCGCAAAGGACUACCCAGAGGAGUCUCAAAACCUGAAUGGUUUGCCACGAGGCAUAGUAGAAGCUAGAUCAGAUUUGGAGUUGAGACCUCUUUGGGGAACUAGUAGUUCAAGGUUAAAGGGUCAUGAUUACAGCAACCGGAAUUUGCUUGCAAUUCCAGUUGGCAUCAAACAAAAGGAAAAUGUUAAUUCUAUUGUACAGAAAUUUAUUCCAGAGAACUUCACUAUUAUUCUCUUUCAUUAUGAUGGCAACGUGGAUGGAUGGUGGGAUCUUGACUGGUGUAAUGAUGCCAUACACAUAGCAGUCCGAAACCAAACAAAGUGGUGGUAUGCAAAGCGCUUUUUGCAACCAGCAGUCGUGUCCAUUUAUGAUUACAUAUUUCUUUGGGAUGAAGAUUUGGGGGUUGAACAUUUUAGCCCAAGAAGAUACCUGGAAAUUGUGAAGUCUGAAGGACUAGAAAUAUCUCAGCCUGCUUUGGACCCAAAUUCGACUGAUAUUCAUCAUAGAAUUACCGUCCGUGCGCGAACAAAGAAGAUACAUAGAAGAGUUUAUGAUCUUAGAGGCAAUGUGAAAUGUUCUGAUGAAAGUGAGGAGCCACCUUGCACUGGGUUUGUGGAAGGUAUGGCCCCUGUAUUCUCGAAAUCCGCUUGGCAUUGUACUUGGCAUCUUAUACAGAAUGAUCUUGUCCAUGGAUGGGGAAUGGAUAUGAAACUUGGGUACUGUGCACAGGGUGAUCGGACCAAGAAUGUUGGAGUUAUUGACAGUCAAUAUAUUGUUCACAAGGGUAUACAGACUUUGGGUGGAGGUGGAACAAAGUCUAAGCCUUCAAAAGCUGCUGGGUAUGCAAAGAAACAGAACCCGAUACCCAGUGAUGUUCGAACAGAGAUAAGGAGGCAAUCGACAUGGGAACUUCAAAUCUUCAAAGAGCGAUGGAACAAAGCGGUAGCAGAGGACCAGAGUUGGGUUGAUCCAUUCAAAACAAAUUCAUUAAAAAGUGAUGAAAGACGGAGGAAACGAAGAAGAAGCCGUCACCAUUAAAUAUUCAACAAGCAAGCAUCCUGGCUGAGCUUGAACUAGAUGGGGGUGGUUCUUCCUCUCAACACAUAUAUUAUCAUUGCCAUACCACUCCAUCCUAAUCUUUUUUUUUCAAUAUUUGAGUAAUCAAUUUUGUCUCCACAGAUGGGUUUUCUUUUGUAUGUAGCAGUGUAGCUUCCUCCCCCAGAGCAGAAGGAAGAAAGAAAUGAUAAAAAAUGAAGAAAUUGAAAAAGAAAGAUAAAAAAUGUAACUAUUGGUAUAGUUGUACUGGUCCCUAAUACACUUGUGAGAGAAUAUGAUUAAAUCCUUGGGCAUAGUAAGCAAGUCUGGCCAACUGGCCUGAUUUUUACAUAAUAUAUACGAUGAUAUGGCUUCUUUCUCAUUUGUAACUUC